GGCGCAGGACCAGUUUCGGACCCGUGAGGGGCGCUGAGACCGGAAGUUCAAAUUUUCGCGGCGGUGGUUGAGACGCAGAAAACACCCGCGAGAAGUUGAUGUGCCGAUGAAGCUGAGAUUCAAACCCGGAUCCACCUGACUCCAAAGCCUUUAUUGUCAGCGGCUCUGAACUCUUUUAUGGUCACAAACGCCUUUGAGAAUGAGUGAUGGCUUUCCCUGCAGGCCUAAAACCCAGGAUGAACUUGUGUCCAUCCCAGAGAUUGCUGCCGAGUCCCGAGGUGCCCUGUGCGUCACCAGCUUGACCCCCCUCGGCCUCUCACUCUGCCAUCGCCUGCAGCGGGCCUGGACCGUCCCCGAGGAGGAAAAUUAGUUCUUUGAAGAGAAAGUGGUUCCUUACUGCAGGCACUGGCCUCUGCAGGAGUCGGCGAUGGAGGAGAAUGUCUGGUCCAGGUGAUCAGAACCGAGCCAGUUUUGUGACGGCUUUGUGGUUAGGUCCAGCAUGCCUCCUCCCAGAACAAGGGAGGACGGGGACCACCGGGACCGGCACCGGGCUCCCCGUGAGGAGGAGGCUCCAGAGAAAUGGGACUGGAAUUGUCCAGAGACCCGGCAUCUGUUCGAGGACGCCUUCUUCCGCGACGAGGACUACGUCCGCCAGGGCUCCGAGGAGUGCCAGAAGUUCUGGACCUUCUUUGAACGCUUACAGAGGUUCCAGCAUCUCAAGGCCACCAGGAAGGAGCACCGGGACCCCGGGCAUCCCAAGCACAGCGUCCCAGCGCUGGCCGACCUACCUGCUGCUUACGACCCGCGCUACCGCAUCAACCUCUCGGUCCUUGGCCCCGACAUGCGGGGCUCUCGGAGGCUGGGCAGGCACCUGCCCCCGGAGAGGGUGUCCGAGUUCCGCCAAGCCCUGUUGCACUACCUGGACUUUGUGCAGAAGCAGGCGUUCGGGAGGCUGGCCAAACUGCAGCGGGAGCGGGCGGCGCUGCCCAUCGCCCAGUACGGGCACCGCAUCCUGAAGACGCUGAAGGAGCACCAGGUGGUGGUGGUGGCAGGUGACACCGGCUGUGGCAAGUCCACGCAGGUGCCCCAGUACCUGCUGGCCGCUGGCUUCAGUCACGUGGCCUGCACCCAGCCCCGGAGGAUCGCCUGCAUCUCACUGGCCAAGCGCGUCGGCUUUGAGAGCCUCAGUCAGUAUGGCUCACAGGUUGGCUACCAGAUCCGCUUUGAGAGCACGCGUUCGGCGGCGACCAAGAUCGUGUUCCUGACUGUGGGGCUGCUCCUGCGGCAAAUCCAGCGGGAGCCCAGCCUGCCCCAGUACCAGGUCCUGAUCGUGGAUGAAGUCCAUGAGCGCCACCUCCACAACGACUUCCUCCUGGGCGUCCUCCGGCGCCUGCUGCCCAAGCGGCCUGACCUCAAGGUCAUCCUCAUGUCGGCCACCAUCAACAUCUCGCUCUUCUCCAGCUACUUCGGCAGCGCCCCUGUGGUGCAGGUGCCCGGCAGGCUCUUCCCCAUCACGGUUGUGUACCAGCCAAUCGAGGCCGAGCCGUCAGUGUCCAAGUCGGAGAAGCUGGACCCGCGGCCCUUCCUGAGGGUCCUGGAGGCCAUCGACAACAAGUACCCCCCCGAGGAGCGGGGCGACCUCCUCGUCUUCCUCAGCGGCAUGGCGGAGAUCAGCGCCAUGCUGGAGGCCGCCCAGCCCUACGCCAGCCACACCCAGCGCUGGGUGGUGCUGCCGCUGCACAGCGCCCUCUCUGUGGCCGACCAGGACAAGGUAUUUGACGUGGCCCCCCCUGGAGUCCGGAAAUGCAUCCUCUCCACCAACAUCGCCGAGACCUCAGUCACCAUCGACGGGAUCCGCUUUGUAGUCGAUUCCGGGAAGGUGAAGGAGAUGAGCUACGACCCCCAGGCCAAACUGCAGCGGCUGCAGGAGUUCUGGAUCAGCCAGGCCAGUGCCGAGCAGCGGAAGGGCCGGGCGGGCCGCACAGGCCCCGGCGUCUGCUUCCGCCUCUACGCUGAAUCCGACUACGAUGCCUUCGCCCCCUACGCUGUGCCGGAGAUUCGGAGGGUCGCCCUGGACGCGCUGGUCCUGCAGAUGAAGAGCAUGAGCGUGGGAGACCCCCGAACCUUCCCCUUCAUCGAGCCCCCCCCACCAGCCAGCCUGGAAACGGCCAUCCUCUACCUCCGGGACCAGGGGGCUCUGGACAGCUCCGAGGCCCUCACCCCUAUCGGGUCCCUGCUGGCCCAGCUGCCUGUGGACGUCGUGAUUGGGAAGAUGCUGAUCCUGGGCUCCAUGUUCCACCUGGCGGAGCCCGUGCUCACCAUCGCGGCCGCCCUCAGCGUCCAGUCGCCCUUCACGCGCAGCGCCCAGAACAACCCGGAAGGUGCGGCAGCGCGGCGGCCCCUGGAGAGUGACCUGGGCGACCCCUUCACGCUCUUCAAUGUCUUCAACACCUGGGUGCAGGUGAAAUCUGAACGGAGCAGAAACUCCCGGAAGUGGUGCCGCCGCCGGGGCAUAGAGGAGCAUAGGCUGUAUGAGAUGGCCAACCUGCGGCGCCAGUUCAAGGAGCUGUUGGAGGACCACGGGCUGCUGGCCGGGGCCCAGGCCGCGAAGCCGGGGGACAGCUACAGCCGGCUGCAGCAGCGCCGCGAGCGCCGGGAGCUGUACCAGCUGAAGCGCCAGCACGAGGAGGGAGGGGGGCGCAGGCGCAAGGUCCUGCGGCUGCAGGAGGAGGAGGAUGGCCGCUCCAGCGACGAGGACCAGGGCAAAGCCUCGCGGGCGGCCAGCGACCACGUGGACAUCCAGGAUGUGAAGUUUAAGCUGCGGCACAACCUGGAGCAGCUGCAGGCGGCCGCCAGCUCGGCCCAGGCGCUGACCCGGGACCAGAUGGCCCUGCUCAAGCUGGUGCUGGCCCGGGGCCUCUACCCGCAGCUCGCCAUCCCGGACCCGUUCAACAGCGGCCGCAAGGACUCGGAUCAGAUUUUCCACACCCAGGCCAAGCAGGGCACCGUGCUGCACCCCACCUGCGUCUUCGCCAGCAGCCCCGAGGUGCUGCACACGCAGGAGCCCGAGGCCGGGGGCGGCGAAGGGAGCCGAGAUGACAAGGACAAGAUGAGCAGCAAGCACCAGCUCCUCACCUUCGUCUCCCUGCUGGAGACCAACAAGCCGUACCUGGUGAACUGUGUCCGCAUCCCUGCUCUCCAGUCCCUCCUGCUGUUCAGUCGGUCCCUGGACACCAAUGGUGACUGCUCCCGCCUGGUGGCUGAUGGCUGGCUGGAGCUCCAGCUUGCAGACAGUGAAAGUGCAGUCCGGCUCCUGGCGGCCUCCCUGCGGCUCCGUGCCCGCUGGGAAAGUGCCCUGGACCGGCAGCUGGCCCAUCAGGCACGUCGGGGGCAGCCGGCGAAAGAAGAGGAAGAGGAGGAGGAGGAGGAGCCUCCAGUCAACCGCCAGGAGGUGGUGGCCCUGAGCAGGGAGCUGCUACAGUUCACAGCAGCCAAGGUCCCCUACGCUCUCCGGCGGCUCACGGGGCUUGAAGCCCAGAACCUCUACGUGGGACCCCAGACCAUCACCACUGCCCCCAGUCUCCCCAGCCUCUUUGGCAGCUCUCCCCCGUCCCCCCACCCCACCAAAGGGGGCUACGCAGUCACGGACUUCCUCACCUACAACUGCCUCACGAGCGACACAGAUCUGUACAGCGACUGUCUCCGCACCUUCUGGACCUGCCCCCACUGCGGCUUGCACAUGCCUCUCACGCCCCUGGAGCGCAUCGCCCACGAGAACACCUGCCCCGAGGCCCCGCCGGCCGGCCCCCCAGGGGCUGAGGAAGCCGCCCCCGAGCCCCAGCAGAAGACAUCUGCUCUGCAGAGACCUUACCACUGCGAGGCCUGUCAGAGAGACUUUCUGUUCACGCCCACGGAGGUGCUGCGGCACCGCAGGCAGCAUGUGUGAGCCCAGCCGGGCCGGGAGCCCAGGGCAGGGCCACGGACUCCACCCGAACCCCCAUCCUGCGCUCAGGACUACAGUCUGGAUGCCCCUGCUCCCCACACACACAGUGGGGCGGGGUAUGAAUAAAGUCUGACACGCUGA